GAUAUACCGCCACCCGAAGUUGCUGCGCUCAUGCGGUACUGCAAGGCCAUCAACAAGCCGUUUCUGAUCGGCUGCGAUGCCAACGCUCACCACACGAUCUGGGGCAGCUCGGACACCAACACCAGGGAUACUGAAUCAUCACGGCUGCAUGGAAAACGAAUUAUGCUUCAUGAUGUUCUUACUGAUAAACAUAAAUGGAAAGAAAACAAUGGAACCUGGUUGAGCAAUUUCGAGUACGUGUUUAUCAAUCCUGAUGGUGGUUUAUCGUCACUUCACAUAGAAGAUAAACAAAGCAUUAAUUUAAAAGUGUUAAUGAACAACACUACAUUUAGACAGUUGAAUGUGGACAGAUUCAUUAUCUCUCCGGAUCAAAAUUUCGUCCUUUUAUUUGCAAAAUCAGAAUCGUUGGCUAACGCAAGUUAUUAUGUUUAUGAAUUAUCUACUUCUAACGUAUUUCCGCUUUCGACAAAAGAGGGCGACCAAACGGCUCCAAAUCUUCAAUUUGUUCACUGGGCGCCACGACGAUAUAUGUUAGAUGUAACUGUGAAUGACGAGAAAGGGUCCUUUCAAGGCAUUGUUUUUGUGAAUAAGGGAGAUAUUUAUUAUAAACCCAAAGUUCAAGGGGACUUAAUUUGCAGAAUAACUACUAACGGUGAAUCAGGUCUUGUUUUGAAUGGUGUUCAAGAUUGGUUAUAUACAAACAUCGCCGGAUUGAGAGGUGCUUCUAUUUUAUUUUCGCCAGAUGGACAUUACUUAUUAUAUCUGUCCUUUGAUAUAUCCAGCGUGCAUGAAUACCAGUACGUGUGGUACGGGAACAACAAUGAACAGUAUCCUAAAAUAAAAAGCAUCCGAUACCCAAAAACAAAUUCACCGAAUCCAAAUGUAACAAUUCACGUAGUCAAUUUAGGUGCUUUGAAGUUUAUAAAUCAGCGAGUAAUUAUUAUCCCCAGCUACAUUGGUAGUGAAUGUUACGUCGGAGGUAUGCAGUGGGUGUCGCCUCAAGAAUUAUCCGUCACUUUAACUAAUAGAGAACAGAAUGUGUCUCGUACAUUACUGUGCACAGCACCUACCUUUUCAUGCAUCGAGGUUUUCACAGAGCUUGCAGUAGAAAACGGAUGGGUGUUAGUUGCUGAAAAACCACUUUUCAUAUCAAUCGAAAGCGAACAUGUUGAGUAUGCAACAAAUGAAACUAGUAUAACGCCCCCAAAUUUUACUUCAAACUCCAAACCAUUGAACAAAUACAUAAAGCGUAAUGUCUUCAUGCUGAAACGUCUUGCUAUAAGAGAUGGCUCUAAGGGGUAUUUCCGGCAAAUUGGACUAAUUCCUAUUGCUACUAGAACGCCAAUCAUUCUGACUUUGGGUCUUUUCGAAGUGACGGAGAUAAUGGGAUAUAAUGAAAAGAAAGGGCUGGUUUUUUUUAUAGCUGCACUGCAACGAACACCAGGCCAACGCCAUUUAUAUUAUAUACAUUUAAAUCUGCGUGACAGUUUAGAGUCAAUAGUUAAAAAUGCAAAGAAUAUUACACCACACUGCAUGACGUGCGAUAUGGAGUCAUACGAAUCUGUUAACGUGUCACAAAAAGUGAAUAAAUCGUUUGAUCAAACGGGUAGACCUAAUAACUGUUUGUAUAACAAGAUUUACUUUAACUUGGAUUACACAUAUUACGUACAAGAAUGCUUAGGGCCUGAAUCGCCAUCGUUAUACAUCGUCGAUGCCAAUACUGGUAGAAUAAUAUUUAUAUUAAAUGACGGCAACCAGUUACGAAGACGUCUAUCACAGCUAGCUAAACCACAAAUUAUGACAUUCAGCGUUCUGAUAAAAUAUGACUUUAAUGCCCAAGUCAAAUUGUUUCUCCCUCCAGGGAUCAAAGAAGAUGAUGAUAUUCUGUUGCCAUUGAUACUUCAAGUGGAUGCAACACCAGAAACGCAAUUAGUAUCGGACAAAUAUAAUUUUGACUGGAACUGGUAUUUAUGCAGCUAUCAAUCUUACAUCAUUGCUCAAAUCGAUGCCAGAGGCUCAGGAUUUCAAGGAGAAGCAUUGAAAACUCAGAUUCGCGGAAAAAUUGGUUUAGAAGUCGAAGACCAACUCUCUGUUUUAACGUAUUUGCGAGAUAAUCUGAAAUUGGUGGAUUCAAAUCGUAUUUGCGCCUAUGGUUGGGGAUACGGAGGAUAUAUUGUUUCGAUGAUGUUGGCAAGCGAUUUUGACAACGUGUUAAAAUGUGGAGUAGCUGUGAAUCCCAUAGUAUCGUUCAAAUAUUUUAAUUCUUUCUUUACAGAACGGUAUGUAAGUCAGCCAGCUGAUGAAGGCCGUGCAUUACAUGAUUCAGAUUUAUCGAUGAAGGCAAGCAAUUUUAUAAAUAAAAAGUUUCUAUUAAUUCACGGAACAGCAGACACGCAAGUUCAUGAGCAACACACAGCCUUAUUAACAAAAUCACUUAUAAAAGAAGGAGUUAUGUUCAGACACCAGGUUUAUGUCGACGAGGAUCAUGAUCUAGCUGGGGUGACUGCGCAUUUGUAUCCUACUAUUGAAGCAUAUUUCGAGGAAAAUUUUGUAAACGACCAUCAAGAUUGGACCACAGCUUUUUUUCUUUCGAAAACCUAAUGAUAGAUGAAUGAAAGUGUUGAUUAAUUUGAUAUCUUGCAUACUUUAUCAAUAAUAACGUUAGUUUCAACAAAAUUUAUUAAAACCUCAACUUUUUUACUUAGAAUGUAACUUAUUUACCGAGAAGUAAGCUAAUAAACAUAUUUGGACUCAA